AAGAGCUUAUGGUAGCACAAUACAGUGGUGAAUGAGUCAGUGAUACUUGUUUGUCCUUUGUUCUUGAGUUGGUGAAAGUUUGAAAUGAGUGAAGAAUCUAGAAAGGAACGUAGGGUCCUGGUGGCCGUGGACGAAACCGCUGAGAGCAUGUAUGCUCUUUCUUGGAGCCUCAAGAACAUAAUUUUCCAGAAUUCCAGUGAUACCCUUAUCCUUCUAUACGUCAAGCCCCAUCAACCUGCUUUUGCCCCCUUGGAUUCUACAGGCAUAAUGGAUGAUCCUGAAACUCCAGGGUGUUUGUUUUCUCCGGACGUAAACGCAACCAUAGAGAAGUAUAGUAAAGUUGUGGCCGAUUGCGUGUUACAGAAAUCCAAGAAAAUGUGUAAAGAUCUGGAAAACGUAAAGGUGGAGACACAGAUAGAGAGUGGAGACCCAAAGGACGUGAUCUGUGAGAUGUCUCGGAAGUUGAAUGUUGACUUGCUAGUUAUGGGUUGCCACAGCCAUGGAGAUAUAAGGAGGGCUGUCCUGGGAAGUGUGAGCAAUCACUGUUCCCAGAACGUGAAGUGCCCAGUUCUGAUUGUGAAGAAGCCAAAACCACAUGCAGGUGCUGGGGACUAAGAUGUUAGUUUUCCCUUUAGAGUAUGAUCUUGUCAUGUGGCUCAUGUUAAAGCUUCGUGUAAAGGCUUUGGUUUUAAGUCUGGGACAAAAAUAUCUGAGAGAAUUGUGAUUGUCGUAGCUCGUAGAGUCUCAAUUUGGAUAAAUUCAGACCAUCCGUGUGCUAUUGGUGAAUGCAAGUCUGAUGUAGUUUGAGCUAGAAAAUUGGUCACAUAACCUCAAGAAUUUGGAUAAGCAUAGUAGUAACUCGUUUUUUAGGUAUUUUUACUCACAAAAACGAUGCCGCCGACUUAUCUCUUGUCAAGAAUGUUCUCAAGGAAUGAUGUGUUGUUUUUUUCCCUUAAUUUUAAAGUUUAGUUGAAAAGAAAAAUAUUUUCCGACGUCAAAA